AUGGCAACGUGCUUCUUAUUUGGCCUUCUAUUAACCGCUGUUGGGGCCAGCAGCCACAGCGCAUCGGAUCUAGAAGGAACAUGGUCAACCAAGUCGCGCCAAGUUGUGACAGGUCCGGGCUUUUAUAAUCCUAUUGAUGAUAAAUUCCUCGAACCCAACCUCACUGGUAUCUCGUACUCGUUCAACGCCGAUGGACAUUAUGAAGAAGCCUACUAUCGUGCCAUUGCCAACCCCCAGGAUCCUUCCUGCCCAAAGGGGAUUAUGCAAUGGCAGCACGGUACCUAUACCGUAAACAGUGAUGGAUCGGUGGACCUGACUCCGAUCGCUGUCGAUGGACGCCAGCUCUUAUCAGAUCCUUGUCAGUCCUCUACGGGGACAUAUACCAGAUACAACCAAACUGAGCACUUUGAGUCGUUUUCUGUCUCGGUAGACUCAUACCAUGGUGUCCAACGCCUUGACGUCAAGAACUUCGACGGAUCGCCGAUGCAUCCAAUGUAUCUUAUAUACAAACCGCCACAGAUGUUACCCACGCAGACGCUCAAUCCAAUUUCCUCCAACAAGAGUAAACGCCAGGUCGAGGGGGAUACUGGAGGUCGCUUCAGCAUAAAGAACUUGGUCAGCAGGGAGAAAGUUGGUGACCCGAAUAACUGGCUGUGGCUCGGUAUAUUUAUGACCACACUCGGAGGGAUCACUUUACUUCGCUCUUAGAUGACCACAAAACUUGCGCGUUACCGCCGAGCAAGUACGAUGGACGGCUGGAUAUAAAUGGAUAUGGAGUUCGGAACAUUACUGGAAGGACAAAUCGGGAUGGAUAAAUAAGGUCGGUAAUUCUUGGGAUGACAUACAAUAUGGCGCUGGGAAAUUUCGUCUUUUUGUUUUGGCACAGCACGUCUGCAUGGCCUAUCGUUUCAAGACACGCGAGUUCUGCUUGUUUUUUCUAUGCAACUUUAUGGCGACCCGAAGUUCCGCCUAAUGAACAAUUGUUGACUUUUC